AUAGAGUUAUCUACUUAGAAAUAAGGGGCUUGGGCGUCUUGAUGUUAUGCAAAAAGCGGAAGAUCAGCCUCCUUGUUAGAAUUGUCAACUCAGGGCAGCGUUAAGUUUCGCCAAAAAUGUCUGGAACUAAUAAGACAUUUUACGAUUUUACAGCAAAGUUGCUGUCGGGCAAUAUUUUGAAAUUCUCGUCAUUACAAGGAAAAGUUGUCCUUGUCGAAAAUGUGGCGUCUCUCUGAGGCACUACAACCAGGGACUAUACCCAGAUGAACGAGCUCCAUUUGAGAUUUUCUGAAAAGGGGCUUGUGAUUCUAGGUGUUCCCUGCAAUCAAUUUGGACACCAGGAGAAUUGCAAGAAUGAUGAGAUCCUUAAGGCCCUUAAAUACAUCCGUCCAGGCAAUGGCUUUGAGCCUAAAUUCCCUCUUCUUGAGAAGAUGGAUGUGAAUGGAAAGGAUGCCCACCCCUUGUUUGCCUAUCUCAAGGAAAAGCUGCCUUUUCCCAGUGAUGACUCCAUGGCCCUCAUGACCAACCCCAAGUUCAUCAUUUGGAGCCCAGUCUGCUGGAAUGACGUUGCUUGGAACUUUGAGAAGUUGCUGGUUGGCCCAGACGGAGAACCAUAUAAGCGCUAUAGCAGAAAGUUCCUGACUAGCGACAUUGAGGCUGAUAUCAAGGAGCUUCUUAAGAGGGUGAAAUAAACUGUCCAGUACUGGCCUCUCUGGUGGUAGUAGAUAUGUGUGUUCCAACACUGGAAUUAUACUGAGCGGCUUUGCUCUGUUAAUCUUCAGUCACACAUUUGCCACAGUUAUGCUAUCCCAUCUCUCCUGUUGCCUGCACCAACUGCCAUUGCUGCCUUUGUCAUAAUCCUUCAGUCUUUGCUCUCCUGUGUAAUGUGCUGUUGUUGGUUAGCCAAGUUUACUAAAUGAAGACACUCCUUGAAACCUUGUGUGUGGAGGAUCUGAUGAAAAAUGUAAAUGCCUAAACCUAAUAGUAGUUUAUUAUAUAGUAUAACAAAGACUUGAAUGCA